CCUCGGCCUACCCUCCAUUGAAAAAAAACGGACUCGAGUCGAUACCGAAAACGUUGUCGGUGCGGCGCGAUUGUUUACACAUAGGCCUAUCAUCAUUUUUUUGAAUAUAAUAAAUGGCCUCGACUUUACUCUCACCCAUGGUGGAUUAUUAUAACGACGAGGAAGAGCUAGACAGCGUGGAUGAAGACGAAGAUCGCAGUUUCAGAGGCAGAGACUCGGAAGAAGACACAGAAGAUGCCAGUGAAACCGAUCUGGCCAAACACGACGAGGACGAUUAUGUUGAAAUCAAAGAACAGAUGUAUCAGGACAAGCUGGCAUCCCUGAAAAGACAGCUACAACAGCUGCAAGAAGGCACGCUGCAGGAGUACCAGAAGAGGAUGAAGAAGCUUGAUCAGCAGUACAAAGAGAGACUUCGUAACGCCGACCUCUUUCUACAACUCGAGACGGAGCAGGUGGAGAGGAACUACAUCAAAGAGAAGAAAGCGGCGGUGAAAGAGUUCGACGAUAAGAAAGUGGAACUGAAGGAGAAUCUCAUCGCGGAGCUGGAGGAGAAGAAGAAGAUGAUCGAGAACGAGAAAUUAACUAUGGAGCUGACGGGGGAUUCCAUGGAGAUGAAACCUAUUAUGACCCGGAAGCUCCGGAGACGACCCAAUGACCCUGUGCCUAUUCCAGACAAGAGGAGAAAGCCUCCGCCUGCUCAGUUAAACUAUUUACUCACCGAUGAACAGAUCAUGGAGGAUCUAAGAACGUUAAACAAGCUCAAAUCUCCGAAAAGACCAGGUACGGACGUUUUGUCUUUUAGAGCGUCCCCGUCUUCUCCGGAGCACCUCCCGUCGACUCCGGUGGACGCCCCGUCCCAGCGCUACGAGGCCCGGAUAGAGGAGGGCAAGCUCUACUACGAUAAGAGAUGGUACCAUAAAAGCCAAGCAAUCUAUCUGGAGUCCAAGGAGAACACCAAGAUCAGCUGUGUCAUCAGCUCUUUGGGGACCAAUGAGAUCUGGGUGAGAAAGACAAGCGACAGCACGAAGAUGAGGAUCUAUUUAGGGCAGCUGCAACGAGGGGCCUUCAUCAUUCGACGCCGAUCAGCAGCAUAGAUGUCCUGUGUGUGUGUGUGUGUGUGUGUGUGUGUGUGUGUGCGUGUGUGUGUUGUUUUUUUUUUUAAACAUUUUAAAGCUCUUCCUGUUUUACCAAGUCAGCUUCUACAUGUUUAAGCAUGAACUCUCCUCUGUCUCUCAUCUUAUUUUUCUAUAACUCUCACGCGUAUGGUAUAGAUAUUACCAAAGUACAUCAUGAAAUGUCACUUCUCUUUUUUUUCAUGUUUGCCUUUUUCUUCUCUAUGAACUUUGCAUUGUAUGUGUAACGCGGUCUCAAUGUCUGAGGUAAGGCUAAGGCUUUGCUGUUUGCUUUCAAAGAGCUCUGUACAGUGAAGACAACCAAUACAUUUCUAUUACCAGUGAGGCAUCUUAUUUAGUUGGUUUUUUUUUUUCUUUGAUGCGUAACGCCACCAACUAUUCUCCCCAUGCAUUUGAAAAUGUACAGGAUUUCAAAUUACUUUGCUAGUUUUAAUUUUGUAUUCAGGUGAAUAUUAAAUAAAUUUGGCUCAAACAGUACAAAACGACGUUUACUUCUUCAGAAUUGUUUGUGGAUUUCCCCUCCGUUAACAGUCGACCUUGUUUUUAAAUAAUGCCCGUUCUUGCAUGCAUAAUCAAAAGCAUUUUUAUGUUCCUGGCAGAAGCUUUAAAAAAAACAAGCAAGCAAGCAAGCAAAUAUUGGCGGGUUUCUUAGAAGUUUGCCAUGAAUAUAGGUAUACUAACGUCAGAGCUCAGGAUUUGUAUUAUUUUUAGAGUGCAUGCUGUUUAUAUUCUAAUAUUGAUUAAAAAGUUACAAAAUUAA